CGGCCAUGUGCGAAUAUAUAUGGAAAACUGAACGGACGUUGGACGCACGUAGGCAUCAACUCAUGGUUCACGCACGGAAGUGGCGUAGACAAGGCAGUCAUGUUUCACCUGUGGAAUCUGACAAAUGCGACGAAUAGGCGGCACCGGACGAUAGUGGGUGGGUUUGAUUUUCAGAAAUGGAAGUUGACUCUCGACACCGGAUGAAGACUUCGUGGAAGCGUUUACCAGCAACACCGGAUGGCAACAGAUGACGACGUUAGGCUGAUACUGAUCAGGUCUGACGAGCUGAUGAUGGAGCAACCGGCCGUGAGCGAGACUAUCAAUGGGGGUACGUACGCGAAACACAAAAACCCCGAACGAAUGCUUCAGUCGGUCGAACGGCUUACGCAGGAGCUGGUGUCCCAGUUGGAAGAACGGCACGUGCGUACUAACCCGGAGGAAUGCAGUUCGAUCGUUACCGGCGUACAGUUCAAGAUAGGCGAAAAGGUAACAACGGGGCCGGGUGGAACGAUUGCCUUGGCGCUGAACGAUCGUCUGCACGGAGAUCCGUGGGUGGGAUUGAUUGUGGACGAUGAAGGCAAUCGGGAGAGCGAAGAACCACCAUCAAUUCUGUAUCAAAUGUCGAUGCCGUUUGUGCAGCACAUCCCGGUCGUGCUUAAUUCAAUCGAUUGCAUCUCGCUUGCGCCUUUAGAAGAGCGGACGACGCCGGUGGUGACGACCACGAGAACCACGACAAUGACUACGGUGGUGACGGCAACGGCGACGGCAACGACGACGACGACGGUGGCGACGAGUCGGGUAAUCAAGCCUGUGCGCGUCGUAUCCAAUCCCGGCUCACCGAGGACGCGAAAGUUACAGCGUGAAUCUUCCAUCAACAAAGAGGCGGAUGAGUCCAAGGUUAAACCCAUAAAAAGCCAAAAUGUGAAAAGUGGGAAGAAAGAGCAACAGACCAAAAUCGCCAAACCGGUAGUGGAAACCGUUACGAAGGUUUCCCGCGUUCGGCAACCAGUAGUGCCAAAGGGUGGCUCCAUUAUUACCAGCAGAACACCGGCAAAACCUUCCAUCGGCAGUCCCAUCCAUCGUCCGGUUGCGAAACCACUCGCCACAAAACCGUACGCUCAACGUUCGGCGACGAAAAAGCUUCAACGUGACGCCACCCGGCAGCAAGCAGAAGCUCAAACCACCAACCGGAUGGUAAACCGGUGUCGAAAAUCCCACUACCGAAGGGUGAGAAAACUAACACACCACCGAGUCGUAUUCCACCGCCGAAGCGGACCACACUCCAGGCGGGAAAGCAGUCAUCCAAGCUCGGUGCAUUGAAAACGUCUCCUGAUGGUGCCCUUAAGAAGUAACGGCGCAUAGCUAGCUUCCUUUUCUCUGUCGCUCUCUUUCGCGUAAUCUUAGCUAGCUUAUCUCAUGGAUGGUAGCAAUUGAAACAAAUACUUUACUAUCUUACACACGUGCCCGGCUUGCUUAAUAGAAGGCGAUACCGUUUGCUGCUGGUCGGGAUCGGUCAGAUGAUUUAUCCAUUGGCCGGUUAGUCGGGGCCCCGUAGGGUGUUCGAUUCCUUUCUUUUCGUGUCUGUUACGUCGCAUGU